CACCUUUGGUUUGUGUGUUGUUAAAAAUGGCCGCAAUGGAAGGAUACCUGAGCAAGUGGACAAAUGUGAUGAAAGGGUGGCAGUACCGUUGGUUUAUUCUCGAUGACAAUGCCGGCCUCAUGUCCUACUACACCUCUCGGGAGAAAAUGGUCCGAGGAGUGAGAAGAGGUUGCGUUCGUCUCAAGGGAGCCGUAAUUGGGAUAGACGACGAAGACGACAGCACAUUCACAGUCACGGUCGAUGGGAAAACCUUCCACUUCCAAGCCAGAGAUGCCGAUGAACGAGAAACUUGGGUCCGUGCUCUUGAAGACACAAUCCUGAGACAUGCUCAAGCUGCUCACAGGCGUUGGGACCCAAGCAAGCCAGCGCCCACUGUCAAAGAUUUUGACAAAAAGCUUACGGAAGCGGACGCCUAUUUGCAAAUUGUGAUAGACCAGGUGAAGAGACUUGAUAGUUACAUCAGCAAGACAGUCGACGAGGAGAGCCGUGUCAGGUGUGAAAACAUAAAGCUCCACGCAGAGGACAUGCUCGAAAACGUCAAGCAUACAAUUGCACUGCUGCAAAUUGCCAAGAGCACUGCACACCCUGUGAAUGGAAUUUAUCAAGGGCCUGUCACGCCUAUGCCUCAUAUUGAUGACAUGCAGAGACAAGUACGGAGAGUUUCAGCAGAUUUUCUAAACGAUCCUAUCGUAAUCCCUCCGUUAGACCCAGUUCAGACUGGAAUUGAAUUGGGCGCAGAAUGUAUGGAUCCAUCACUGAACACAAGCAGCCUUGUAGCGUCAGCUCUUCCUAACAUGGGCGUCCCUGAGACGUCGUACUCGAGUUCUGACGAGGAAGACUUCUUCGAUGCUAAUGAUUACUCUUUGUCCUCGUCGCAUCCUGUCUCCCCAACAGGUGCACCAUUACACUUGUCGCGAAGAGAGUCACAGGCGAGAGAUGCGGCGUCCUCUGCAGCGGCAGCUUCAGGGUCUGGCGUGGCGGUGGCAAGCGAGGGUGGCUCGAGAGCGCCACCCUUGUACAAGAGUGAUGGCUCUCUUGACUAUGAUGGUAAAGACCCCAACCUAGCCCUGUACGAAGAUGACGAGGAACAUGACCUUGUUAACAUGGAAAGCAAUGGCUCUGUGGUCAGUCACCUGAUAUCACAAGUCAAGAUUGGAAUGGAUCUGACCAAAGUAGCACUUCCAACUUUUAUUCUCGAGCGACGGUCACUGCUUGAGAUGUAUGCUGACUACUUCGCACAUCCAGACAUAUUUGUCAGCAUUGCUGAUUUCACUGACCCCCGAGAUAGGAUGGUGCAGGUUGUGCGUUGGUAUAUGAGUUCCUACCAUGCAGGCAGAAAGUCAUCUGUGGCCAAAAAGCCCUACAACCCAGUGCUUGGUGAAAUGUUCAAGUGCUGGUGGGACGUGCCAGGCAUUACCGGACACUCGAAGUCGGCCACAGCUAAAGAAGAGGUCAAAGAUGGUCCUGUGCCCUGGUGCCAUCAGGACCAGUUGGUCUUUCUGGCAGAGCAAGUGUCUCAUCAUCCACCAAUAUCUGCGUUUUACGCUGAACACUACGAGAAGAGAAUAAGUUUUUGUGCCCACGUGUGGACUAAGUCAAAGUUCCUUGGUUUAUCAAUUGGUGUCCACAACAUAGGGCAGGGCUGUGUAUCUGUGUUAGAUUAUGACGAGGAAUACAUUGUGACGUUUCCUAAUGGAUAUGGAAGGUCCAUCUUGACUGUGCCAUGGAUUGAAUUGGGAGGAACAGUGACAGUUACAUGCAAUAAGACUGGGUAUAACGCCAACAUUGAGUUCCUCACUAAACCCUUUUACGGAGGCAAGAAGAACAGAGUCACAGCUGAGGUGUUUGCUCCUUCUGAGAAAAAACCGUUUUUGACUGUGCAAGGUGAAUGGAAUGGUGCCAUGGAAGCAAAAUGGGCAGAUGGGAGGACGGAAUUAUUUGUCGAUGUCAACAAAGUACCAAUUAUAAAAAAAUGUGUAAAACCAAUCAGUGAGCAGGAAUCAAAUGAGUCGAGAACAGUGUGGAAAGAAGUGACUGCGGGUUUAAGGCUGAAUGACCUUGACCGAGCUCACGAAGCUAAAACUUCAAUCGAGCAGAGGCAGCGAGACCUUGUGCUGCAAAGGAAAAGUGUUAAUGCUGCAUGGGAAAAUAAGGUUUUCCACGAAGCUGGUGAAAAUUGGGUUUACAUCAGUCCUCUAUCUUACCGAUUAAAGGCCUCAUCAGCCAACACCAAGAGGAAAAAUUGAUUACUCGCAAAGUGAAGUGAGCGCGUGACAGUAAUUUGCUGCCAGGGACCAUUUUAUAGUUCUCACUAGAGUGAUAAGUGACUCUUGAAAUUUAUCUUUGCUAGUUACACAAGCAUUAGAGUUGUGAUUAAUUUGACCGGGUCAUCAGACCUUUGCUAAUUUUAAUUGCCACCACUUUCGAGCAUUAUCUCUUACUUCGGGGAGUGUUCAACUGAAUACUCAGGCCUACCACACACAUUUUAUGGCACUACAUGCAGCAUCUUUUAUCCUGAACUCAGACACUGCUAUUUCAUUAAGUUUACACACUUAAAAAAUGUUUAAGGCUUGACCGUCCAUUUAAAAGGCCGCUGGUGCAAAUUCUUUUGGUGCCACUUAAAUGGCCGUCCAGACUUUCUAUCCCCUGCUUAAUUACUUCUAUCGGCUCUCAAAAUUCAAUGCUUCUGACAUAGACUCUUGAAUUUUUUUCUACAAGUGAAAAAUUUAGUAACAAAGGGCUUGUUGGCUGUAAAAAAUACUUUAUUAGGAAAAGAAAACUCGCAUCUCAAGCUCAAGAUGAUAAAAGCAGGUUUUAUUGAAUUUUAUGAUAAAUAAUUUACAGGCUUUGAAAUUUCAAAUAAAUUUUGAAUUUAGAAAAUUUUAAUAUUUACAGUAAGAACAUCAAUAGCAAAGGAAAAUUUUUAUGAAUGAUUUAAUUUAUAUUUGCAACAAGUUUUGUAACAUUUUACUACUGUAAUUAUAGUGUUAAAAAUUAUGGGGUUAAUGCAAACUUUCAAGCAAUUUUUUAAUCAUAAUAUUGUUUAUUUGUGUAUACAAUUAUUUUUCUAAUCUAAUUAUUUCAGAAGCAUCAACCACCUUUUAAAAAUGAGUAACUUUUCUUACAAUUUCUUAAAACUCAUGAUUUUUGUUUAUUCAACGCCAUUAUUAUAUUAUUCAUUACCAUAUCCUAAAAAUUAUGCUCUAUUUGCACCGCUUAAAAUUGUGUUCAAUCAAUGCCAACUCUUAAUAUCUUACUAUGCACUACAUUUAUAAAGCAAAUUAAUUAUAGACUUGAAAUUUGCACAAGUAUUGGAAAUCCAGCUGAUAAUCUUUACUUGCAUUAAGCUAAAGGUUCAGCUCAAACACUUAGGAUGAAUUUGAAUACUGAGUACACUUAGCAUCAUAAUUUAUAUUAAAAUAUGCACACAUAAAAAUCAACUUAUAUAAAGUCAGGUAUGGAAAAUAAAGAAUAAAUAUUUAUUGAACUGCACUAUUAUACUUGAAUGUCUGGAACAGUGCAAUAAAUUGAGUAUAAAUCAUUUAAAAGGCAAAUUUUCAUCUUGAGGUAGAGGGAGAAAUAUACAAAUCUGCUGAUCGUAUUCAGUCUAAAGAUAUGUACAUACCAGCGGAUUAAUAUUUAAUUUACAUGGUGUAAUUCGAUCACAUGUUUUGCAAUGAAUACAUAUUAGUCUGUUACAAGAGAGUAUGAAUAUAUAUUAACUGUUAAAAACUUAGUGCAAUUUGAUUUAUCAAAAUUUAAAACCUUAUAAAUUACCAACACUUAAAUGACAUGCUGAUUAAUAUCAAUUCAAUAUUAACCUCAUAAAACUGUACAAUUGAAUAUGCUUCUUUAACAAAAAGCAAAGUUAAAAUUCUAGUCUGACAGCAACAGCAAAUUCCCGUUAUUUCCGAUUUUUAUAUGUCCUGCUCAUUCAUUCGAAUAUUUCAAAUUAUGUGUUCGCCAAUAACAAGACUUGCUCAAUUCACACACACAAAAAAUCUAUAUCCCCUCCCAUGAAAAUUGUCUUUAGCUCCGGUGCCAUAAACGCUUCAGUGGCUAAUCUGUCUUGACAACUUUUUAAAUUCAAUUGUCCGGUGAUAAGGAAGUCAACGAGACUGGCCUUUUUAAACACUAACUGAAUAACUCUUGGGCUCUCGGCCCUUGACCUCUUAUAGCGAGCGCUGCAAUAAAGAGAU